AUGGUUGCGCAUGAAAGCGUCCCCGUCGUCAUUGUUGGCGCGGGACCCAUUGGCCUUUGCGCAAGUAUCUUGCUGUCACAGAGGGGAAUCCGGCAUGUGGUAUUUGAGCGCCAUCCAGGCACUUCGAUACACCCAAAAGCAUGUGGCAUCAACCAGCGGACCACGGAGAUCUUCCGCGCCAUGGGCAUCUAUGAGGAGGUGAGGCGUGUGGCAGCCCCGGACGACAUCAAAGGCCGCACUGGCUGGUUCACCAGCCUUGGCGGUCAAGGCAAUGGCAUCGACGGGCGCGAAGUCUGGAGCAGAGAUGCAUGGGGCGGAGGGAUUUAUUCGACCGAGUACGAGACGUAUUCCCCUGCGAGAUAUGAGAUCCUUCCCCAGAUACGGCUAGAGCCUAUCUUGGUUCGCAGGGCAAUGGAACUCGCUGCGACACCGGACACCUUGAGGUUCGGUGCUGAAGUGCUGGGCCUAGACGACAGAGGGGAUGCAGGAGUCGUCGUCAAGGUGAGCGAGCAAGGGGAGGAGAGGGAAGUGCUGGCCAGGUACGUCAUCGCUGCCGACGGUGGACGCAGCAUCACGGACAAGCUUGGUGUUGCGUGGUUGGGCGAGCGCGAUAUCAUGGACAUGGUCUCUGUGCACUUCCGAGCGUCCAUACGGCAACACCAUCCCGACAACCGCAACUUUAUCACUUGGUUCAUCCACCCCGAGCGCGGAGGGAGCACUCGCACUGGCUACCUAUAUCAAAUUGGGCCCUGGCCCCUCGACAGCCCCGAAGCGCAGGGGAACGAGGAGUGGGUGUUUGCUUGUGCGCCGACUGCUAGCGAUCCGGAAAAGUUUGACAACGAGGCUAUGAUUGCACGCCUUCGUGACACCCUGAAGAUCCCCGACCUGCAAGUCGAGGUGAUCAGCCUGAGCCACUGGCAUGUACACGCUAUCUCUGCAGAAAGGUAUCGGUCGGGGCGUGUCUUCCUUGUUGGAGAUGCCGCACAUCGUAUCCCGCCGUGGGGUGCGUUGGGAAUGAAUAGUGGCAUCCAAGAUGUUCAGAACCUGGUUUGGAAGAUUCAGUUUGCUCUCCGGGGAGACGCAAACGGCUCCCCGAACAAGUAUGACAAGCUUCUUGACAGCUAUGACAUCGAACGGAGACCUAUAGGUCGUAGGGUUGGUCUCUCGAGCUUGCACAACUUGCGAAGCCAUGGUCUGAUUAUGGAUGCUGCGCUGGGUGUGAGCCCAACGAAUACUGCCGAGACAAACUUGGCUGCCAUACAAGCAUUCUGGGACGAAUCCCAUCCCGAGCACAAAGCGAAACUCGAGGCUGUGCACAAGGCUUCACAAACGCUUGAUCUCGAGUUCAAAGCCCCAGGAGCCGAGUUGGGCUGGUUCUAUCCAUCAGCCGAUACCCAUCAAGAGGGGAAGGCGAGCCGGCAUCAGGGUCAGUUGGACGAGGAUGGCGAACUUCGAAUGGACGUCUUUAGUCCUUCAACUAUUCCAGGGCACAACCUCCCUCAUGUAUGGAUAUCCAAACACGGUCAAACCAUAGCCUUACGGGACCUGCUCCUUUUGGAUAAGCUGCUCCUGAUUGGGAACGGCCCAGCCUGGAGCCAGCUAGAGGAUGAGACAGUUCAUGUCGAAUUGGUCGCCCCGGGACAAUGGAUCGAUGAGUCUGGGAGAUGGCAAGAGUAUCUAGAUGGUUACGAUGCUGUGCUUGUUAGGCCUGACGGUAUUGUUGCAUGGCGAGGGCGGUGGCAUGAUUCGACGAUCGAAGAAUGUCGGACAGCAGCUUGCCAUUGCCUAGGUCUAUAA